AUCGAGAAGUGAAGACGGGCCUUACGCGGGAUCCCGAGUGCGUUGCUUUACUGACGAUAGAAAUUUUGCUUCCCGACUAAAAAUAGCCCCCUGUUCUAGCGCAUUAGUUACUGCAUACCCGAAUCUAACCUUUCGAAGCAAUAAAUAUAAUCCGAUCGGUUUCCUCGCAGCAAUCGCAAAGUGCAACAGCUCCCCCAGCAGUGAAGCAGCAGGCGGUGAAAAGUGCAUCAUACGGCGCCGACAAACCGACAACGGCGGUGCAGUGUUUAGAGGGAAGGAAAAUAGUGAAAAGUGUUAGUGUCUGCUGAUAAAUCGUGCAAGCAAGCCUCGAAACCCGCAGAAUGCCGCAGUCAAAGAGCAAUGGAUUCGCUGCCGCGAACGGCCACAGUGGCUACGAGAUGGAGGACGGAUGUUCCUUCCUGUUCACGUCCGAAUCGGUCGGCGAAGGACAUCCCGAUAAAAUGUGCGACCAGAUUAGUGAUGCAAUCCUAGAUGCACACUUGCAACAGGACCCCAACGCAAAAGUGGCCUGUGAAACUAUUUCAAAGACUGGCAUGAUUUUGCUGUGCGGAGAAAUUACAUCAAAAGCUGUAAUUGACUAUCAGCGCGUGGUGCGUGAAACGGUACAACACAUCGGCUAUGACGACUCCUCAAAAGGAUUCGAUUAUCGUACGCUAAAUUUGCUGGUUGCAAUCGAACAGCAAUCGGAAAACAUUGCCCAGGGAGUACACGUUGAUCGCGAUGAAGACAGUGUUGGUGCCGGCGAUCAGGGACUUAUGUUUGGUUACGCUACCGAUGAAACGGAAGAAUGCAUGCCAUUGACGGUGGUGCUGGCUCACCGAUUGAACGAGAAAAUCGCCGAGCUUCGCCGUAGUGGAGAGUUCUGGUGGGCCCGUCCAGACUCCAAGACUCAGGUCACGGCAGAGUAUAUCUUUGAAUCGGGAGCGUGCGUUCCGCAGCGCGUCCACACGGUAGUGGUCUCGCUGCAGCACUCGGACAAGAUUACCCUCGAGGAGCUGCGCAAGGAAAUCAUGGAGAAGGUCAUUAAGGACGUGAUUCCAUCCAAGUACCUUGAUGCAAACACGAUUGUGCACAUCAACCCGUGCGGGCUGUUCAUUAUCGGUGGUCCUCAGGGUGAUGCUGGGUUGACUGGACGCAAGAUCAUCGUCGACACAUACGGAGGUUGGGGUGCUCACGGCGGUGGUGCAUUCUCGGGCAAGGACUUCACCAAAGUAGACCGUUCGGCAGCCUACGCGGCGCGCUGGGUUGCGAAGUCCCUGGUGAAGGCUGGUAUCUGUCGCCGGUGCAUGGUGCAGGUAGCUUAUGCUAUCGGGUUGGCCGAACCAUUGUCGAUUACAGUAUUUGACUACGGCACCUCGAAGUACAGACAGAAGGAACUGCUGAAGAUCGUCUCCAAUAAUUUCGAUCUGCGUCCGGGCAAGAUCGUCAAGGACCUGAAGCUCCGCACGCCGUUCUACCAGCGUACCAGCACGUAUGGACACUUUGGACGAGCAGGAUUCCCGUGGGAGGAACCGAAGGAGCUGGUCCUGGAAUGAUUGAGCUCGAACGCGGUUCCUGUGACCGCCGCAGAUGCCGCUCACUGUUCUCCUGCUGGCACUGCCGCCGUAUCGACAAAGAAACCUACGGCGACUGCUGACGAGUCGGAGUCGAUGAGCGUUGCUAAAAAGCCGAAACUAGAUGUAUAAAGGCUACACAGGGCCUGCGGUUGGUUUCGCUAUUGUAACAUUUAUUCUGUGGUAACUUACGCGCCAGCAACGAUAGGGUUUUGUAAGGGUUUUAUUCUUUCAUUCUUUCAAACAAACACUACACGAUUCAGGAUAGGGGGUGCCUCAAAAAAAUGGCGGCACUCAGCAGUGAACGUAGAGCACAAUGGAGAUCUACGAAAUGCAACGCAACUUCUACAUAAGCCCCUUACACGAGUGGCCCGUCUUGCACUGUCGCUUGUGUGUCUUAGUGUUUUUUUUUUGCUAGAAAUUUACUACGUUGCCAGCGUUGAUCAUCGUACAAUUACUUUUUCAGCUGACACAUCGUCUCCAGCAUUAUGCGAUGCAGUGAGUCAGACCAGCAAGUAAAUGCAGAUAGAAAUUUACGAGUAUAUUGUAAGAAGAGGUAGGAAAAGAGAUGUACGAGGACCAGUUCGCUGAACUCGAGCAGAGCUAGACCAUCCAGUUGGCCACAGUAGGACACCGUUUCAGAUCAAAGUGCGCAGCCGGAAUACCAUCUCCGGGAAUUUUGCCUGCUGCAAAACUUGUUGUGCGGUGCAAAAAAAAUUGCGCUCCCCUCCCGAUGCCACUAAACGGAGGAGAGACAGACACAUGCUUGUGCUCCAUGGCUAAUAAUAUUUCACCGACGAUUGCAUCGAAUAUGAGAUGGUGAAAGCAACGAUCGACGUUGAUGGAGUAGUUAGUAAGGGAAUCGUGAAAUGGUGCUAUCCGUGGAGCAGCAUUUAGGCACACUAGGACACUGCAUUGAAUUUGGACCGUUAUGGCCCGAGAGAAUAGGUUGACCAAUAAUUCAAUCGAGAUGUGUUACUUUGUUUCGGUUGCCAUGCUAUACUAUAGCGUUCAAUUUCCCUAGUCCAACGUAGAAAGCUUUAAUUGGCAGUAGAAGAUAGAUAAAAUGGAAUCCAACAGGUGCUUGUUUCAGGAAUCGACGAUUCCUGGAACAAUGAAAAUGGAUUGGACGCAGAAGACAACAGUCACAAGUGACCUGUGCUGAUUAUCUGUGUUAAGCAUGUAAUUCCAAUUUAUAGCAAAUGCUACACCUACCGUACUGCCACUAACUGUUACGAAUCGACAGGAAUGUACUAUCUUCACAUUAUACAAAUGAACUGGGAAAGGUACGGUCACUUGAAACUACGCAUCAUUCGUGGUGCUUCGGUCCACGAAUGCCAGGUGGCUUUAGGAUGUACAAUCCAUACCGCUGACAUUGCAAUAGUUACGAAACUCUACCCCGUUCGUUGGUCGGUGGAGAAAGAUUAUUU